AUGACGCUACUUGCAUCUCUGCACCGCUCGGAGAUGUCCCAGCGACAGCCUGUGAAGUGGACCUGCAUGCUGAGUGGAGGCCAGAUUUUAUUUCUUUUUGCGUCUUCUCUCUUCCAGAUCAGCCCCUCGGAUGGCAAGAUCCUCCAUUUCGGGCGGGUGAAGAACUGUGAGGUGGAGCAGGUGAAGGGAGUCACCUAUUCCCUGGAAACCUUCCUCGGCCCGCACACCUGGGCAGACCUGAACAUUAAGAAGAGUGAAGAUGACACAGGCUCGUUCCAGGAUCUUCUGGUAACAAAGGAGGGUAACCAGCUGUUCCACUGUGUGAUCUACCUGGCACCUGGAGACUAUCACUGCUUCCACUCCCCCACAGACUGGCGCGUGGCACACCGACGCCACUUCCCAGGCUCCCUCAUGUCGGUGAACCCUGGCGUUGCCCGCUGGAUAAAGGAGCUGUUCUGUCACAAUGAGCGCGUGGUCCUCAGCGGGGAGUGGACACACGGCUUCUUCUCGCUCACCGCGGUCGGGGCCACUAAUGUAGGAUCCAUCCGCAUUUAUUUUGACAGGGAGUUGCACACAAACAGCCCUCGCUACAGCAAAGGAUCUUUUAAUGACUUUAGCUAUAUCUCCAACAACAACAAAGAUGGGGUGACCAUGCGGAAAGGGGAGCACCUGGGGGAGUUCAACCUGGGGUCCACCAUCGUCCUGCUCUUCGAGGCCCCCAAAGACUUUACCUUUAACAUCAGCGCUGGGCAGAAGAUCCGUUUUGGAGAAGCCCUCGGGACCAUGAGAGGGAAUGCAACGGAUGCGGAAAAGGACUCCGAACGGGACGUGUGAGCUGCAGUAAAGAGCCUACUGGAAGAGUUAUUAUCUUCUGCCCAGGACCGGCAUGAAUAUACUUGAGACAACAUGCUGCUUUUUACUUUCCCUCCCUCCCUCCCUCCCUCCCUCCCUCUCUCCUCAUUGCUUGCUAUGAGAACAGUGCCAGUUGCUUCUAUCAGAGGGAAGUUUUUUAUUCUUAGUCACACUGAAAGAUUA